AUGAUGAUGGAGGACCGGAAUGCUGUUAAAUCUGUGUGGGCAAAUGGCAUUGUCCCAUACGAAAUCAGCCCAAACCUUGGGCGGCAGGCUGAAAUCCAGGAAGCUUUCAGGAUGAUAUCAGGAUUCACCUGUAUACGCUUUAUUCCACACACUGAUGAGCUGCACUAUAUUAGUAUUAAAGAUGGCAAAGGCUGUGCAUCCUUCAUUGGAAUGACUGGUGGAAGUCAACCAGUCUACUUCGCCCAAUCCUGCACCACUGGCAACCUGGCCCAUGAGCUUAUCCACGCUUUAGGGUUAUACCAUGAGCACACUCGUAAUGACAGAGACGAGUACAUUUCCAUCAACUGGUCAAGCGUCAUUCCAAGCAAGAAGAGAAACUUCAAAGUAAAAAAUGGAGACACUCUAAACCAGCCUUAUGACUAUGAUUCCAUCAUGCACUAUGGACCGUCGUUUUUCAGCGCGGAUGGGAAUCCAACUAUUGUAACCCAUAAAAAAGCCCAGAAAAUUGGACAGAGGAUCCGACUGAGCCCCCUGGACAUAAAGAAACUAAAUAUCCUCUAUAAAUGUUAA